AUGAACUGGGUUGGUGGCUCCCGGAGCAGAAUCAUACUUAAACAGGAAAGGAGAAAGCAAAAGGAAUUCUUUGAAAAGAAAAAGCUUAGAUCAAAGAUGAAGCUGCUAGGAGUAUCAUCACCCCCUAAAAGUUCAACAGUCAGUUUAGAUCUCCUCAACCUGUAUGUUGUUAACCAGAUAUCCACCAAGAAAGUCACUGCUGACAGAGUGAGAAAACCAGUCCAUGUGGAUCUGAACAAGGGGUUAAAAACUCCUACAAGGAGACAGAAUAUUGAACUUCCCAUGUCACCACAACAACAAAAUUUCAGAACGAACCUAGCAUGCAGUCCUUGGGAAGUGGCCUAUGAAGAGGAGAAGCAGAGCAAACAGGUUUGA